CGUCGUCACGCCGUCAGUGGCUGUUACGAUUGUCACUGUUGUCAAUUGUAGUGAGCAGUGAUGAGUUGCAUCGCGAUAUUAUAUUCACGAUCCACUCAAAAUAGGUCGAUUAGGCGUUGUGCGUAAAGGUAGAGCUUUAAUUGUGUAGCGAGUGUAGCGCAGUGUAGCGUUAUGAGCGUGCGGACGAUGGGAUUUCGCCGAGCCGAUGUUUCCGUGGUGCGUGAACGUCAGUGACAGUCAGCACAGUCAGCACAGUCAGUGAGCGUCACACCCUCGACGAAAUCUUCCGUCUCUUUUGUCGCUCAUCCUCCUUCCUCGGCGUGUAUGUUUUGUGCGAUGUGAAUGCGAGCUAUAAAAAGGUAAAGAGAUCCUACAAAAGAACGCUACGCUGCGGGAGUGAUACGAGAGCGCAGUCUCCUCUUUCGUCGUAUCGUCAAUCGUCAUACGACACACGAUUGUAUGUACGCACUGCAUGCAGCUCAACGCACCGUGACAGAGCCAGCUCUUCAUACAAAUAAUGACGAACUGAUGAGUGAAACUAAAAGCAAAGGAUCAAGACGAUGGAUCAGAUUGGCAAAAAGCAAGCGGUUAACUCACCGGAGACAGCAUUGGCCAAUGAGAUUUUCGACCAGUUUUGCAACGCCACUACGUUGAAAUCUAUUCUUGGCUACUACAGACAACUGUGUGAAUUAUUAAAAAUCCGGCCGAAUGUCGUUAAUCAGUUUUAUCCAAAAUUGAAAACAAAAUUGCGAUCGUGGAAGGCACAAGCUCUAUGGAAGAAAUUUGAUCAACGGGCGAAUCACAAGUGCUAUAAUCGUGGCAAAGUAUGCCCGAAUACGAGGGUUUUGAUUAUCGGUGGUGGCCCAUGCGGUCUACGCACAGCCAUAGAAGCACAAUUAUUGGGAGCGAAAGUCGUUGUGGUGGAGAAAAGAGAUCGGAUGUCCAGAAAUAAUGUUUUACAUUUGUGGCCUUUCGUCAUUCAGGAUCUACGUGGUUUAGGAGCGAAAAAAUUUUUUGGAAAGUUUUGCGCAGGUUCUAUAGAUCACAUCAGCAUUCGGCAAUUGCAAUGUAUUUUACUGAAAGUUGCUUUAAUUCUUGGUAUCGAAUUCCAUGAGAGUGUAAGCUUUGAUUCUCUGAUUCAACCACCGAAUAAUCAGGAAGAUGGCAAGAUUGGUUGGAGAGCAAAGACUUCUCCAGCUGACCAUCCUGUCUCCCAAUAUGAGUUCGAUGUGCUAAUUGGAGCUGAUGGUAAGAGAAAUACCUUGGAAGGUUUUAAACGCAAGGAAUUUCGUGGAAAACUAGCCAUUGCAAUCACGGCAAAUUUUAUAAAUAAACGGACCGAGGCAGAAGCUCGCGUAGAAGAAAUCAGUGGUGUCGCCUUUAUCUUUAAUCAAAAGUUCUUUAAAGAAUUGUAUCAAGAAACUGGUAUCGACUUGGAAAAUAUCGUGUAUUACAAAGAUGACACUCAUUAUUUCGUUAUGACUGCCAAGAAACAUAGUUUAAUCGACAAAGGAGUUAUUUUGCAGGAUCAUGCUGACACUGCAAAACUACUCGCGAAAGAAAACGUGGAUCGUGAAGCGUUGAUGUUAUACGCGCGAGAAGCAGCGGAAUUCUCGACGGAAUAUCAAAUGAUGGAUAUGGAAUUUGCGGUGAAUCAUUAUGGCCAACCGGACGUAGCCAUGUUCGAUUUUACUUCAAUGUACGCGGCCGAAAAUGCAAGUCGCGUAUUGGAGCGUCAUGGUCAUAGACUGCUCAUGAUUCUUGUAGGCGACAGCCUCUUGGAGCCAUUUUGGCCUACCGGCUCUGGUUGCGCGAGAGGAUUUUUGAGCUCUCUGGAUGCAGGCUGGACAAUCAAAGGUUGGGGAGCUUCGUUGUCUCCGUUAGAAGUAAUUGCGGAACGUGAGUCCAUAUACAGGCUGUUGGGACAGACGACGCCAGAGAAUUUGAAUAGAGAUUACGCUGCAUACACUUUGGAUCCUCACACCAGGUAUCCGAAUCUAAAUAUACAUUCUGUAACUCCGAUACAAGUGCGCAGUCUUCUUGACACAGACGAUCCUGAAAGUAUCAAACAGUCUGCAAUACAAUCUGAAAUUGAUAUUCCAAAGAAACGAAGACGUCGCGAUCUGAGAGCUGACACUCAAGUUCAUCCAGACACACUGCUUCGCUGGCUACAAAAGCAAGUUGCAUUAUACGACAAAAUUCACAUCGAAGAUAUAGGUGCCUCUUUCAAAGAUGGUUUAGCUAUUUGUGCAAUUAUUCAUAGAUACCGUCCAGAUUUAAUAGAUUUUUAUAGCUUAAAUGCGAAAGAUACAGUGAAAAACAAUCAACUCGCCUUUGAUAUAUUAGAAAAAGAAUUGAACAUACCGCCGAUAAUGACAGGAGAAGAAAUGGUUCAAUGCGAUGUUCCUGAUACACUUGCCAUGUUUUCUUAUUUAACACAAAUAUAUGAAGUUUUUAGGGGCGAGAUUCCAUAUAUCAAACAUCCAAAAUUGGAACCAGAAAUGGAAGAAUGUACUGCCCAUUCGAAGCAACUGAAACAAUGGACGUCUGAGGAAAAGGUUAUAAAAACACGGCACUCGCGCUCACGGCAUGCUAAUGAAAAUGUGCACUCUUACAUGGAUAAAAAGGAUAAUACUAUUAGCCGGCGUUCUCGAAAAAGGCGGAGUACCGAGAAAGUGGGCGCGACGAUGGCUGAAAGACAGAAAAGACUCGAUGAGAUUGAGAAGCAUCAAACUGAGCGCAUGAAGAAGCGGCAGUAUUUGCGCAAGAUGGCAACCCAACAGUUCUACAAAAGCAUGCAGAUGCUGCAAGCCAAUGCAAAACGCGAGAAAGAUGAACCUUUUGAGGAUUACUCAAUUUUUUUAUAUCGUCAAACUGCACCAGAUUUCAAGGAUAGAGUAAAAGACUUAGAGCAGAAAAUACUUUAUCCAGACAGACAACCUAAAAUACACAUUAGUUACCGAAGAGAUAGUGUAGACGAAGAAUUCUCGGGAAGAAUAAAAGAUUUUGAAGAUAAACUGAAAGGGACAACAUCCUCCGAGAAGAAACCUAAAGAUCUUUUACGUGCUAUCGGUAAAAUUGAGAAAACUGACUGGAACGUGAAAGAAAUUGAAAAAAAAAUCGAAGAGAACAAGAUGGGUCGCAGUGUUCGCCACGAACGCGUAGAAAAAGUGCCGAAGUGGAGUCGCGAGCAGAUGUGUAUAUGUUUCAUUCAGUUUUUAGCUCGGCAGAUUAAGAUGGAGAAACGAGGCAACGAUCAAAGGAACACCUACAGUAAGUACGCUGAUAUAGAUAAUACUCUGAAGAAUAUAGGCAAGAAGAUUCAGGAAGGUAGCGCGCUCGGAUACAAUAAAGUUUCAGCUAUGGCUGAACAAUUUUCGAAUAAAAAUCAGGAACCCAAUCAUGUGGAACCCAAGCUGCAGAAAUCGAACACUAAGCCUACUAUCGCACUACCAGUGCAAGGGGGUUCAGAGAUGUGCCAUUUUUGCAAUAAAAGAGUUUACCUUAUGGAAAGACUCAGUGCGGAAGGUAAAUUCUUUCACCGCGGUUGUUUCCGUUGUGAAUAUUGUUCCAUCUCGUUAAGAAUAGGAAAUCAUACAUUUGAUCGAGAAAAAAACGGAGGACGCUUUUACUGUACGCAACACUUUGGAUUAUCGGGAACAAUGAAAUCUAGAGCAGAAAAAAAAAGAAUUAACUUGGUGAAUAAAGAAAAUGUACCUAAUGCCGCGACUGCAUCAAAAACAUCAGAAAAGCAAGAUGGAUGUCCUGCUCAUUCUGCACGGAUUAUUACUGAAUUGCUAAACAGAAAAUUUGGAGAUUGUUGGAUUGAUCGAUCAAGAAAUAACAGAUGGGCCGCACAUUCCCUAGAUUUACAACCUAUGGAUUUUUAUUUGUGGGGAAAGUUAAAACAACAAGUGUACAGCGAAGUGCCGAUAACAAGAGAAGACAUGAAGGAGCAUAUAAGAAGAGCUUACGUUGUGAUUGAUCUGAAUGAAAUUCGUCGUGCAAUGUCUGUGUCGACAUGUUUCAGAAAAUGUGUCGAUGAAAUUGAAUUUGAAAAUCUGGCAGAAAUAUCAGAUCCCGAGGAAGGUCACAGUCAAAUGGAUGAAGAUGAAUGGACAGACAGAAAUUUUGGUGCUUCUACCGCAGAAAUGGGAUCCAGUGAUGAUAUUUCUGAUAUGAGUGAUUCUGAUGAAGAUAAUGAAGUAUUUGAGGAAGCUAUAGAUCAACCAUUAACGACUGAAGGAACUCUUGAAUUAGCUAAAAAUUGGACAUUGCGCUAUUCGCAUCCACAUGCUACAAUCGGGCAAUCUGACACUGGGAGCAACGAAUAUGAAGAUUCUAGUGAUGAAUAUACUAGUGAAGAUGAUGAAAGCGGCACUGCGACCGAAGAUGAGGAAGACGUACGUGCGCGAGAGCUUCGGAAGCAGGAAGUAUGGUUGAAGGUGCCACCGCGCAAUUGUGAUACCGAUACCGGUUCGGAAACAGAGGUGAAACAAUCUCAAGACUCUAUAGAUCCCGCUAUAGUUCAAGAGUCAUUCAUUUCUUUCGAAUCCAAAGUAACAUCGCCCACAAUUUCCAACAUGAAUACAAAUGAUAAUGAUCUAUCAUCCGAGAGAAAUACUUUCGGAGAACUGCUAAAAUUCUCCAAUGAGACAGCAUUAAUUUUUAAUGAAUUAGCUAAAAAUAUAUACGAUCAAGACAGUAUGAUUUCCACUUAUAAAAAUGGUGCAUCUCUCAAUGUUAUUUCGCAAAUUUCUGAAAAUGUAAUUUGCGCAACUGAUUUCAAUCAGUCUCUUCCAAUGCCAAAUAACACUAACAAUAAUAUUUCGGAUCAAAAUAAUUCUGAGUACGAAAGUUUUGUGGACGAAAGUAUUCAAUUAGAAUUAGACGAAUUAGAUGAUAAAGUUUACGAUGAUUGUUCACAAAAUAAUAUCCUCGAUGUUAACAUAAGAAGUCUUACACCAAAUUCUAUUAAUUUCAAUGCAAAUGUUAAUGAUUGGGGUAGAAAUAAUCUAGUUAAGAAUUCAUUAAAUUUAUCUACAAAUAAUUUGAGAGGAGAUUCCGCGUUAAAUAGUUUGACAGUUGGUUUAGAAACAGUUGCGAAAAUUACAGUUGCAGAUAUUAUACCUUGCAUUGAAACAAGCAAGGAUUCCAAGGUUUCUGAUAACGAAACUAUCCUUAAUGCUAAUGAAUUGCCGGGUAUGAUCACUUCUUUGAAUGAAAGCAAAAAUUCUUUAUCUUCUUCAUCGUCAGAGAUUUAUCAAUCGGUAGAGAUGUUGUAUAGUGACAAUUCAAUUAUUAGCGAUCACUUGGACGAUUUAGUAGAGUACUCGAAAUCUAAUUUGCCUGAAGAAAUAGAAAUAUUUAAGUGUGAAAAUAUUAGUAUUACUAAUCAAAGCAAGGAUAGCUAUUUUAUUAACAGAGAUAGGAAUGUUGAGUUUAUUGACGAUAGUAAUAAUAUUCCUAUGAGCAAUAUUAUUGAUAAGAAUAUUGGCAUACAUUCAACAACUCCGAUACCUCCUGCGAGCGUAUUACAAGAGUUGAUACAUCCAAUAGUAAUAGUGACAUCGCCAUCUCCGACACAAGAGAUACAGCUUGACGAAGUAUCUUUAGAAACUUCGAAAUUACUGGUUCCCCUAGAAUCGCGUAGUGUUCCAAGUUUUGGUAACUGUGAUAACGCAUUUGAUAAGCUGAAGCGCGAUCUAAAGCAAAGAAAAGCAAAGAAUAAAGUUAUAGAAAAUGGACUUCGACCACUGUCAACUGAAUAUGCCCAGUUGAAGAUGAGUAAAUAUUUUACGGAGAAUAAAAAAAUUGUUUCGAAAGAUCAAGUUCCUACACAAAGUGAGGGAACUGAAGAUACAUCUAAUCUAAAAAUGGUAAAGUUACAUAUUAAACCUAAAUUAUCCAAUAGAGUAAAUGCAGAGGAAAUGCUUAAAUACUUUAAUAAGACCAGUUCUUCAAGUAAUAACAAAUCUAAAACUUCCAACAUAAUCGCUAUUAAACAAAAUGAAAGACGAAAGUUAGAAAUUGAUAUCGAAGAAAUAAGCAACUUGGACGAGAAUGACAUUGAUGUGAUUGAUCAACAAUUUAAUCAAAUCGAAGAGCAAAAUAAAAUUGCAAACUUGAAAGGCGAUUUGCCUUUCAAAUUUGAUGAGACGAGUUCUCAGUUUUAUUUGUCAGAAUUUGAAGCAGUGCGUAAUGAUGAAAAGGAAAUAGCAUGCGAUAGUUUAGAUUUGACAAGAAAUAGUCUUAUUGAAUUAAAUUCUCAAUUAAAUGUUGACAGUAAUCGUAUUGAUCCACUAACAUCGAACUAUAAUAUUCCUACAUUAGAGAACAAAAAUAUUUCAAACACAAAUGCAGAUACAGAUAUGAAUAUAAAUACUAACAAUUUCAAAUUUCCUACUGUUAUAAUUUCCAACAUAUUGACGUUGCAAACGGAUGUAAAAAAUAAUGUUUUUAAUAUUACAGAUGAUAGAAAAGAACAAAAAAGGAUUAAUCCAACAGACAACGUUCUGAAUAGUGACAUAAAUGAAACAAAUCAAGAAAAGAAAAACAAUAUAAAUUUAAAUAGCAACACAAUAGAUGAUAUAAUGAAAGAGAAUAAUAUAAUUAAAGCAGAUAUACAAACCAAUAUUUUAAAUAAUACAGAAAAUGAAGAAAAAAGAGCGAACACGAUGAAUUUAGAUGGAACCAUACUAACAAUAAGUAAUAAUAGUGAUGAAAAACAAGUUAACAAAACAGAUAUUUUAAAUGAUAACCUGAAUAAAGAUAAUAAAUCAAAGAAACAUUUGUUAUUCGGAAAUAAUACACUUCUCAAUGGAAAAUUAACUGCUCCUUUACGGUUAAAUAAUAAUACGGAUAAAGUUAUCAAAUACAAUAGAUUGCAUAAAAGCGAUACUAAUUUGAAUGAAGAUACAUCGCGGGUUUUUCCUAAAAGUAUUAACAGUUAUUCUAAAUCAUUAUCUGAAUUAAAAAACACGACAUCUAAAGAUGAGUCCGCAAUAAAGACAAUAAUUGUCGAGAGAAUAGUAAAUACAUCUAUGAAUAUUAAAGAUACAAUUAUAAAUAAUAAUUUAGCAGAAAAUUGUGUUAAAGAAGUUCCUAAAAGGCCCGAGCGAAAAAAAAAGUCUUAUGACAUAAUUAGUCCUUUUCAAAAGGCUUUAAUAGAGAAUCCUAAUUUGAAAAUUUCUAGCACUGAACUCUCUCUGCCUGAAAUUUCAGUAAGAAGAAAAUUAGCAAAAAAAAGCUUGAAACUUUUAUGUCAAAAUCAAGUUAUUGAAGAUAUGCCAAAACUACAAAGUCAAACUGUCGAGAAUAUUUCAAGAUUAUAUGGUCAGAAUAGCAAUAAUGGUUUUAGUAUUCAAAGUCAAGAUGUGGAAAAGUUUUCAAAAGUUAACAGUCCAGACAUUAUUUCAGAAGUAAUAAGUCGAGAUGUUAAUGAUGUCUCGGAAAUUCACUGUCAAGAUAUUCAAAAUCCUGAUACUAAUUCAAUAGAUGUUCAAAGACCAAUAAGACGAAAUGUCACAAAAUUACAAAGUCGGGACAUUACGAAUCUUUCGAAUUUCAACAACGAAAUUACAAAAGAUGUAAAAAAUAUUAUGAUAGCAGAAAAUCAUAAUGUCACCGAUAUGUCAAAAUUACAAAAUAAAAAAAAAUCUGUAACGUCAGCCCAAGAAGUUUAUCAUACAAAUUCGCAUUUGUCAAAUAAACCUGAGGAAUCUAUCAAAUUUAUUUCUAGAAAUAGUCACUCAAAGAAAGACAAAUGCGUUGUAUCUUCGGAAGAUGCAUCGACUAAUGAAAGUGUGGAAAAUUCCGCAACUGAGAUUUCGACCGACUCUGAAUUCGAGCACGAUGAAGCGACUCCGACACAGCAUGAGAUUCCCGAAAUUACCAUCAACGAUUCUUAUGUGCGGAAAACGAGAGGCACUUAUGUUGAACCGAAGAAGGUGCAGGUGAAGAGUAAGAUGAUCUCUUCGAUCAAUGGCAACUUGACGCAAGGCAAGAAACAGCAAGACACUAGGGAGCGAUUUUUGGAAGACCAUAUUAAGAUGGAGUCGAAUAAAGAAGUAAAUUGUAACAUGCCAGCUUCUGUUGACACAAAUAACUGCACACCAUUGUUAAAUCCACGAAAGGGAGAUUAUCUUCUGAAUCGUACUCAUUCCACUGGCGGAAUCGCUUCGAGGCUCUCUUUAGAAUUGAAAAAACGUUAUUUAUUGGGAGGAUCAGCGUUGGGUGGUUCCGUCAUAAAAUCAGGUUCGACGUCUAAUGUGGACACGAAGUUGAGAAAUUUUACUGAUGCAAUCUCCCAACAUCAAAAGUUGUUAAAUCCUGCACCAGAGCCUAGUCCUACCAUGCAGGCGUUUCUUCAAGGUACUAGUAAACUGCGAAUCAACAAUGCACCGCUUUCUCCAUUAUCGCCUACAAUUUUAUUUUCUCGACAAUUAUCAUCUGAUCACUGCCGAAAUUCAUCGAAUAAUAUCGCAAAACCGACCACCUUGAUAGAAACAUCCAAGACGCAGCAAUUACCUGAUUUAGUGAAAGAAUCCAGUAUCUUGAAAUCGAAGACAGCACCCAAUAUCUGCAGUGAAUCAUCGAUGAAAGACAGGGAGUUAAUCAACGAACAAGUAUUUCUACAGCAAACUAAUAACUUGACAAAAAACGCCGUAGAGGAUAUAAAAAGCUCGCAAAAUAUUGAGAAAAUUCUAUCAAACAAUAUGGAAGAAAGUAAUGGUUUUAGACCGCGUAGUCCCCUUCACGAAACAUCUAUUGUCGUGCCGCAAGUGGAUUGGAGCAAGAAGAACGAAGACAAGGAUGCCAGUUCGGGCGAUUCUGAGAUAGAUAGUGAUUCAUUAUCUUCCUCCAAUUCUAACGAAGCAAUUGAAAACGAACAACUUGUUGCUGUAAAUUUUUCGCCGCCUAGAUUGCAGAUUCACAGUACCGAUGGCGAUCUUUUAUUGGAUGAAGGAAUUGAUCAAUACAAACAUUAUAAUCUCGACGAUGGCCAGACUUUCGAACCCGAUUCUAUCGAAGUCUCCUUUCUGCAGGAUCGCCGAUUACAUGAUUCAAUUAACAAUACACAUACUAUUGAAGUGAUAAAUAAUAAUAUGGAACAAUUAGACUUGCAGGAUGACAGCAGGAAGAGUAACUGCAGUAGUUCUACUUCCGAAGCUUCGGCAGUGUCUAAUAAACAAGACGAUUCCGAGGAAAACGACAUUACCACCGCAGCAUUUACUGAAACAGAAUUUUCCGAAUGGGCUCGCGACGGGGAAGCUUUGGUUUCUGAAGACCUUCGUGAUGUAGAACUCGAUAUUGAUCCUGGUUUUAUCACUGUACGAAAGAAUAAUACAAAACUAUCCUCUACACUUGCUAGAAUUGUUAAAGAAGAGGAUACGGAACUCGACUAUUUCAAGCUUGAUCGGGUAGUCGAUCAACAGGAAUACCCGAACAAUAACACGUCAAAACUGUUAGUCAAUGGCGAAGAUAUUAAUUACAUGGACACGGACAAUGAGUCACUGCUGGAUGACAGUCUCCAAGAUGCCUCGAAUGUCGCGAUGUUGAAAAAUCGAGGCUACAUCGAAUUCGUAAAUGUCAAGACGACUCUUUCCAACAUUCCUGUUUCAACUAACAUGCGCAAUCUACCAGUCGCUGACGCACCGAUAGCGAGACUCGACCUGGAAAAUGACUCGUACGAUGAAGACGAAGAAGAAGGCUUCAAGGACGCUAAUGUGAUUGAGAUUGAUCCAAUUACUAUGGAGGAUGUGAUGGGCAAAUUAAACGAGCCUAUUAUGAAUAAAUCAUCAAUGAAGCCGAAAAUUCAAACUGAGGAACAAGAUGAAAAUGAAUUUAAGGAGAACGUGAAGCGGGAACAAUUAGCAGAAGCUUUUAACAAAGAAUUACUUCAAUCGAUGGAGGAAGAUAGUCUGUUACUUGUUGAACCAGCGGAGGAUACGACUACUAGCGAAGUCGUUACAGUGCUUGCCAGUCCGAUUAACCCUCAGGUGUCUAUAGUUCCUGUAGAAAUGACAGAAAAACACGAGGAAUCAGCCAAGACGGAUUCUAACAAUCCAGACUAUUUAGAAUAUGUAAAGAGAUUGCAAUCUCGAAUCGCAGAGUUUAGCAACGCCAAGGAUUCCAUUGACGUAAGAAAAUCAAGACGAAAAAAUUCGAAAAGCUUAGUAGCGCAGACACGCACUGCAGAAAUGAUCACUGAAGAGAUUAAGUGUCAAGAAACAAUAAGUGUAAACGGUAACAGUAAUGGUAUCAAUUCACCAGCGACCUCGAGGAAACUUGAAGAGAUUACAAGAGAACGAUCAAAACAAAAGGAUCUUAUUCAAGAUCUUCUUAUGGAUAAACUUGAGGCUCACAAACAAAAGUCAGCCGAAAAAAAGGCCCGAAGAGCUGCCAGAGCUUCAUCUUUUACCACCGGGCUAUCACCGAUAAAACCAUCAUUAUCUAAUAUUUCUUCCGUUGGUAACAAGUUUGUGCCUACUUCUAUAAUGUCGCCAAUAAACAGUCCUACUCACACAAUUUUCGGGGAAGCGAGUAAGUCGUCGAAUCUUUCGAUGUCUUUGUACUCUUGUGAACAGACCGAUCAAGAAGAAACCAAAGAAAAAAUCCCAAAGAAGGCAGACGAAAAGUCGAUUAUUACUAGUCUAGAGGAUGCUUUUAAAACGCCACUUGCGCCAUCAAGAUUGAAAAACGAGGAAGUGAGGAGAACUGCCGAAAAAGCCAGACAAGAUGCUCGAGAACGAGCUAGAAUGAAAAGCGAUGAAGACUUGGGCUUAAGUCCUGAAGACAGAAUCAAGGAAUUAAGAAUGAAGGUGACGCGGAGACAACUCUCAAUGGACGAUACGAAAAAGGACGAUACGCCGAAGACUGAGAGAAUUAAAUCGUAUAACUUUAGCGCAAUACAUAAUUCGGAGCUGAAAUUACAAAUCAGCAAAAGUACCGAUAAUAUGAAAAACAUCGCAAAAAAAAUCAAUUUUCAAAAACUGCCAGCGACUAGCGCGAAAUCAAUGGACGAGAUGCUAAAUACUGCAGGUCUAUCACUUUCGGAUAAUAAUAGCAUGGUAAUCAAACGGGACAAAAAGCCGAAGGACUCGGAGAGAAGAAAAAGUAUUAUACAGGCGGUGUCAGAUUUCUUCUUCAAAAAGGAAACAAAUUCAUCGCCCAAUCAGAAGGACAAGUUAUCAGUAUUCCGACUGACUUCAAGAGGGUCAAAAGGAAAAAUUGAUAAAACUAUUCCAUCGAAAUGCGACAUGAGACCUAAAAGUGUAUGCGAAGAUAUGCUCGUAGGAAAUUUCUUCACUGAAAAGUCACCACCUGUGCCGCCACCACCGCUUAAUUAUUCUACGUAUACCACUCAAGUGUCACCAGAUGACAGUUUAUCAGAUGACGAUACCAAAACAACUGCUUUAUCAACGUCAUGCAUGCAAAAAGUUACGGCAACUGAAGAAUUGUGCAAUAGCGUUUCUCGUAAAUUGAAGACUGCUAAAAAAAUAACUAGACAAGCACAAUUAAAGAGAUUACGAAUGGCUCAAGAAAUACAAAGAAAACUGGAAGAAACCGAAGUAAAACAAAAGGAAUUAGAAAGCCGGGGCGUAAGUGUCGAAAAAGCGCUGCGUGGUGAAGGAGAUUCUUCCAACCGUGAAGAAGCUGAUUUGCUUAGGGAAUGGUUUGAUUUAAUGAAAGAACGUACGGAACUGCGUAGAUACGAAAAGGAACUUCUAGUGCGUGCGCAAGAAGUUCAAUUGGAAGAUCGUCAUGAGCGAUUGCAACAAGAAUUGCGUGAACGUUUAGCUGACGAUGAUGAUAAAAAGACCAGUGAUGAUGUUAAAAAGGAAGGAGAAAUCUUGACGGAAAUGUUAGAGAUAGUAGCAAAAAGGGAUUCCUUAAUCGCUCUAUUAGAAGAAGAACGACAAAGAUAUCAAAACGAAGAUCGCGACCUCGAAGCUCAAAUGUUGGCUAAAGGCCUGAGAUUAACGCCAAUUAAGAAAUGUGGUCCUAAAUAUUCAGUCUAAGAAAGAUACGCUUCUGUACAUAUAUUCUCCGCUACAAUUUUUUAUUGCAUGAUAACACC